AUGAAAAUAUUGGGAUAGAUAAAGGAGAGUGUACAGGGAAGGAAGAUAAGGUGAGGGGUGCUGCUACUUGAAGCUAUAAUCAAUGCCAGCUAUCCCUAAAUCCAUUACUCUCUCUGCAUCACACUCCACUUAAUCCGCUCUCAUUUUCAAUUUCAUUCCCUCAGAAAACAUGCAAGUUGUGAGUGCUCAGCCAACUGGUAACAAUAGCAGCAUCAGGUGGUUCUUUAAAGAUAAAGGUUUCGAUGACAAAAGUAUUAAUGUCAUGCUCAAAAAGUGCAAGCGCCUCGAAGAUGUACAGAGUGAAAAGGCUGAUGAAAACUGGGCUUAUUUGACAAGCAUCGGAAUCCAGGAGAGGAAACUGCCUAAUGUUGUUGCCAGGUGCCCUAAGAUUCUUUCCCUCGGUCUAAAUGAGAAACUUAUUCCUAUGGUUCAGUUCCUUGGUACAUUAUUAGGAACUAAACCCAAUGACAUUGCUUCUGCAAUCACGAAGUUUCCCCAAUUACUCGCCCACAGCGUGGAAGAAAAGCUUUGUCCACUUCUCGCAUUCUUUGAAUCUCUUGGGGUCCAUGAGAAACAACUUGGUAAAAUGCUUAUGUUUAAUCCAAGAAUCAUCAGCUAUAGCAUAGAAUCCAAGCUUGCGCAUAUUGUCGAAUUUCUUUCUAGUCUUGGUCUAAGCAAUGAAGUAAUUGGCAAAGUUUUGGUGAAGAAUCCAUCAAUAAUGGGUUAUGGAGUUGAUAAUAGGUUGCGUCCAACUUCUGAGUUUCUUUUAUCAUUGGGCCUGGAAGAGAAAGAGCUUCAGACACUAGCAGUUAACUACCCUGAGGUUUUGUGUAGAGAUGCGAAGAAGGUGUUGAACUCACAUGUCACAUACUUGAAGAAUUGCGGGUUUGAAGACCAACAUAUAGCAGCUCUGGUGACUGGUUAUCCCCCAAUUCUGAUCAAGAGCAUUAAAAAUUCCCUAAAACCAAGAAUCAAGUUUUUGGUAGAUGUGAUGGGCAGACGAAUUGAAGAAGCUGCUAAUUAUCCAGAGUUCUUCCGAUAUGGUAUGAAGAAGAGACUGGAAUCGAGGCAAAAGCUUUUGGCACAGAGGAGUAUAAGUUGUAGCCUGAGUGAAAUGCUGGACUGUAAUGAAAAAAAGUUCCUCUUGAGGUUUGAUUUAGCCGACUAAUUGCCCUGAGCUGAGUAGCAUAGAUUGAUUCCUUUCGGCCAACUUUAUCAUUUGUAAACUGCCCCUCUAAAAUGUUUUGCCCCGGUUUUCAAUAGUAAAUGUUUUUAUAGCUGAGAA